AUGCUGUCCAACGUGCUCCUUCUCGCGCUGGUCUCGUCCUCGGCCCUCGCUCAGAGCUUCAGGCGUACUGGUGCAUGCCCCAAGCUGGGUUGUGUCUUCCCUCCUGACCAAACCGACUUCAUCGCUGGUCAGACUUUUGACAUCCGAAUCGAAGCCCAGGCGCCCGUAAACGGUACAGAGGCCUACAACGGCGGUAAGGUCGACCCCGAGUUCUCUCUCCACAUCGGCGGCGAGGGUGCCGAGCUCGUCCCUAUCACCCAGUUCCUCGGCGUCCCCGAAUCCACCGUCUCGUCCUACAACUUUACCUACUUUGAGGACUACUUUGCGCAGGAUGCCGGAGCUCGUACACCCGUCAACGUCCUCGCCAAGUCGUACCGCAACGUCCAGCUGCACAACCCGGGAACUUACCGCGUCGUCUUCAAGUACAACAAUGGUAUGACCACCGAGGCCAAGUGGUGUGUCAAGCCCCUGGCCAAGGUGGCCAAGGCCAAGAACAUGAUCUUCUUUGUCGGUGAUGGUAUGGCCACCUCCAUGAUCUCCGCUGCCCGUCUCUUGGCCCACAAGACCAUCAACGGAAAGUACCAGACUACUCUCAAGCUGGACGAGGCUCCCGCCUACGGAUCCCAGAUGACCCACUCCCUUGACUCCUUCAUCACCGACUCGGCCAACUCUGCUUCUGCUCUGUUCACCGGCAAGAAGAUGACCGUCAACGGUCUCAACGCCUACACCGACUCCACUGGCCGCGGCUUUGGCAACCCCGCCGUCGAGUCCGUCUUUGAGAUGUUCCGUCGUAUCACCGGUGGCCAAGUCGGUAUCGUCUCCAAGGCCUACAUUGCCGACGCCACCCCCGCCGCCGUCUGCGCCCACACCGCCCAGCGUGCCCAGUACACCUCCAUCAUCGAGCAGUACCUCAACGGUAUCAGCGGCAACCAGUCCUGGUUCCCCUGGGGCGGGGUCGAUCUCCUCUUCGGUGGUGGUGCCGAGGACUUCCUCCCCGGACCCGGUAACGGCAAUGUCUCGCAGUUCGAGCGAUGGCAGCAGUUCGGCUACCAGCUCGGUCUCAACAACACCCAGCUCCAGGCUUUCGACAACUCGCAGCGCGCGCUCGGUCUCUUCACCCAGGGCAACAUCUCUACCUGGCUCGACCAGAACGUCUACAAGAACGCCCUCGACCUCGCCGUCAAGCCCCGCGGUGGCCGUGGUGCUUACGACCAGCCCGGACUCAAGCAGAUGACCACCAAGGCUAUUGACAUCCUCUCGACUCGUGCCAAGGCCAGGGGUACCGGAUGGACUCUUAUGUCCGAGGCUGCCCUCAUCGACAAGGAGAUGCACGUCCAGGAUGUCGACCGUGCUCUUGGUGACCUCCUCGAACUCGACGACACUGUCCGCGCCACCCUCGAGCACCUCAAGGAGAUCGGGGAGCUCGACGACACCCUCGUCGUCAUCACCGCCGACCACGGACACGGCUUUGACGUCUUUGGCUCGGCCGACACCAAGUACCUCGACGCCCAGACCACCGACCGUGCCAAGCGCAACGCUGUUGGUGUGUACGAGCAGUCCGGUCUUUCCGCCUACCAGGUCCCCGCUGGUGUUGCUCCCAACAACCAGACUAUCUUCAAGGGCCCCAACGGACCCGGGUUCCCCGUCAACUGGGACCCGCGGUACACUAUUGCUCACGGAUGGUCCGCUUUCCCCGAUAAGCGUGAGGAUUUCCAGGUCAACAACCAAUCCGAACGUGUCCCGGCCAUCCGCGCCAACGCAUCUGCCGGUUUCUUCUUCAACCCCGCAGACAACCAGCGCGGGUUCAGCAUGUCCGGUAACAUUGGCGGGUCCAACGGUCAGGGUGUCCACUCCCUCGUCGAUGUCCCCAUCUACGCCUUUGGUCCCGGCCACGAGCUCUUCCGCGGUGUCAUGGGCAACGUCGAUCUCGCCUUCCGUGUCGCCGAGGCUCUUGGUCUCGGCCGUGACUCUAACGUCACUGCGCCUUACAAGAAGUAA